AUGGAAUCAUUAAAGGAACUAAAACCAAACGAGCUUCUUCCUCAGCAUCUCUCACUGAAGAAAGUGCACAAGUUAACUGCAAAAUUGCACAGCCUUGAGGCAAAAUUGAGGCAUUCCGAGGCAGACAGACUAAAACUGAAACUUAAAUUGCGCGCGAGGCAGAAGGCGGAGACACGAACCGACGAAAAGGACACUGAUGCGUAUGCGGAACAAUCAUUUUCAGAUGUGGAAAAUGUCCGUGCUUUGUCGGCAAGAGAAACGGGAUCCCUCACAACAGCAACAUCUCCCGCCUCAACAUGUGGCCGAUGUAAAAAGCAGUUGAUGGAAAUUCAUUCGUUAAGGGAGCAAAACAGCCGUGACAGAAGCAAGAUUCGUGAACUUCGAAAGGCACUUGAGCGCCAACAAAUUGAGAUUAUGGAAAUUGCGAGUGGAGUCACACAAAAUCCCGGGGACAGUCCGACAAGAAUCUUUCGUUCCUCUUCUGUGGAAAGCCAUACUCAUGAAUUCGCACCACUAAGUAGCCGCCAAGCAUAUGAUGGGCAAUCGUUCUCGGUCAUAGGUAAGUCAAGAGCGAGGCUACGCCAGGAGAUUGAACAGUUACGACAAAAUGUGAAGGACCUCCAGCAGUACAUUUCGCGAAUUACAGAACGAGCACUUUCCCAUGAAGGCUGGGAACAGUUGUUUGCAUCAGAAGAUGAUGACAAACAACUACCGACCUUAAAGCUCUCUUGCCAAGGGAAACUUGACGGUUCGCCGAUUAAGUAUUAA